GCGAGUUACGCUGGCUGCGGUUCCUUAAAAACUCCCACCGACUUCAACUCACUCCGACCUGAAAAAGAAAAAAAAAACGGAAAGGCGCGCAAAACCGCUCGUUCUCCUCUCCAUUCCCAUCAAUUCAGUCAUUCGUCUGUCGAAUUCUCGAUCUAUCGAUCAAUGGCUGAUAUCUACCAGAUAUUCAUCAAGCACCUAGACGGACGGACCCAAUGCCUCCACCUCCCCACCCCAACCAUCUCCGGCUCCGCCCUCAAACAAACCCUACUCCGCAGCACCACCCGAAUACCUCCACCCCACUCCCUCCGCCUCGUCUCUGGCACCCGUGAAAUCUCCGAUGCCACCCUCCUCUCCGCCUCAGGACCCGAUAGCCUUUUCCCGUCCUGCGCCCUCCUCCUCCGCCUCCGCGGCGGCAAGGGCGGCUUCGGAUCUCUCCUCCGCGGCGCUGCGACGAAAGCCGGGCAGAAGAAAACGAACAAUUUUGAUGCUUGCAGGGACAUGAGCGGGCGCCGGCUGCGGCAUGUCAACGCUGAGAAGAAGCUGGAGGAAUGGAAGGCGGACGCCGAGGAGCGGAAAAUGGAGAAGAUCGCCGAGGAUUUCCUGAAGAAGAAGGCGAAGGCCGCUAAGAAAGCGGGGACUGGCGGCGGCAGCCCUGCCACGGAGAAGUAUAUAGAGAAGUAUAGGGAGGAUUCUGCCAAGUGCAUGGAGGUCGUGGAGGCAUCAGUGAGGGAGUCAUUUGGGUUGUACGAGAACGGGAAGCGGAAGGUGUUGCCGUCAUCUGGCCCUGCAGGGAAGCGCGUGAAGAUUUGGUUGGGAAAGGAAAAGGAGGUUGAAAGUGAUACCGAUGAUGAUGAGAACGAUGAGGAUGUGAAAUCUGUGGUUCUUGAUGAUGGGAGUUGUUCUAUUGGGAACAAGCAAGAUGAGGGGAGUUCAGGUUCGGUUUCUGUCGGUCAAUCAGACGGAGAGUCUUCUGGUGGAGGUUCAGUGGAGAGCAAUUUGGAGGAAGAAAAUGGAAACUCUGAUCAGGGAGGCUCGGAAUUAGGGGAAGGCUCUGGAAGCAGAGAUGUGAAUGCUGAUGUGGAAGGUUCUGUUGAACCUGAAUCUGGAGUUUGUGCUGAGGGUAGUUUGGAAUUGGGGGAAGCUUCAGGAAGCGUAGCCCCAAAUGCAGGUGAGGAAGGUUUUGGAAGUAAAGGCACUAAUGGGGAAGUGGAAGGUUGUGUUGAAACAGAAUCAGUAAUUCCUGAAAGCACGGGCAUUUCCAGUCUAGAGGGGCCCCUGAACUUCGAAAAGUUCAAUUCAGCAGCAGAGAUGGAGGUUCUUGGCAUGGAAAGGCUAAAGAUGGAGUUGCAAGCACAUGGAUUGAAGUGCGGGGGCACCUUGCAAGAGCGUGCCGCAAGGCUUUUCCUUCUGAAGACAACCCCUAUUGAGAAGCUGCCCAAGAAGCUGUUGGCCAAGUCAAAAGGAGGCAAUGGAAAUUAAGUUUGUUUAUUAUGGGCUGAAUGAUGCUCUCAUUACUGUUAUCCUUUUCCAAAUCAGCAAGACCAGAUCAUCUCUAUGCUGGGGAGACAAAACCGUUGAAUGGGCCAUAGCAUAUGCUUUUAGUAACCAGUUAACUGUAAAACGAUUAGUCUUGUACUGGUUAGUAUAUUAUCUGUGUGUGCGUGCGUGUGUGUGUGUGUGUGUGUGAGAUACGAUGCAGUCUCAUUCUGUACCUACGGCAGCCUGAACUUCAAUGACCUUCCAUUUAACGGUGGAUGGUGGGAAUCUAGAAGAAUUUGAAAACGUGUUUAAUGUUCUCCCACCAUCAUAUAUUUUGGGAGGGUGCUUGUGAAAGUUUUCUGAUCAACAUGGCUCAUAGAACAAUGGUCACGUGAUGGUGCCUUUUUUCCUGAGAAAUGGAAGUGCGAUCAAUAUGCAUGUUUGGUUGCCA